CUCCUGUUCCUUUUACUAACUUUCAAAUUUGAAACUAGUCAAUGAUUGGAAUAGGAUGGUUUAAACUAUUCUAUUUAUUCAUACUAUUAACAUUGGUCAUAUGUUAUCCAAGUGCACCUGGGACGUGUAAUAUAGAACUCAUGGGAACAAUAGGUCAUGGUCCUUCUCAUUCUACUUGUGACGAUUGCUAUCAAAUUAUAGUUCAACCAAACGAUCCUUCUAUAUCAUCAACUAUUAGUUCGGCUAAUGUCAAUAUCAAAGUUAUGGGAACUCCAUUAUAUCAAGGUCUUAUGUUACUAGUCAAAGAUCAAACAAAUAAGACUGUGGGGACAUUUAUGGAUUUUGACGAAACAAUCUUUGCUCCUGUAGCUUGUGAUGAUGAAGCUAUUGAAGAAGAAUCUGUCGCUGUUAUUGGUCAUUUGGAUCCACAUGUCAAAACUUGGCCAAUUCAAGUAGGUUGGAGCAUAGGUGAUGAUCAUCCUUGGGGUGAAUUUCGUGUACAAGGCAUGGUAGUGAUUGAUUAUGAUAAUUUCCAUAUCAUUCCUGAAAAAUCUUUUAUACUCAAACAGAAUCCGGUGACAACUCAUUCAAAUACUACAUCUUCUUCUACAAUAAAACAAUGGAAACCGACAGCGACCGAAGUAGAAAUCCAAGAAUGGCCUAUAGAUUCUUACAAUCCUUUUUUUAUGCAUGUCGUGAUUCUACUGAUGUCUAUCUAUGUAUCUAUGUCUUUGAUAUUACGUUAUUGUCUACGAAGAAAAUGACAUAUUUUGACGUCAAGUAAGUCUUCUAGUUGGAUCAGAUACCCUUUUUUUUUUUUAUAAUCAUCAUUUGGAUUACGCCAUCUUGUAUAGAAUUUUUGUUAUUUAACCCUCCAAUUGUGUCUUUAUUGUACCACUUACCUGAUUAGUCAAUUUGUACCUUAAUGUGUUACCGAAUCAAUGUUAUGAAUCUCCCU